CAGGACCAGGAACCAGACCAGCCUCCAGUUUCACUUUCAUUUUCGCUUUCCCUGUAAUGACAGAGGAGCGAGGAAAGCUGUGCCCAGCAGGUUCUGGCACUGCCUGAGCCUCAGCACCUGCUGCACAGGCCCCAGCCGGGCACCGGCCUCUCCUGGCACCUGUGGGCAGGGCAGCUGCCAUCGGGAUGGAUGUCCCCGACGCCUCCAAGCUGCUGGAUGAGGAGCUGUACUCCCGGCAGCUGUAUGUGCUGGGCCUGCCGGCCAUGCGGAGGCUGCAGGAGGGUAAGGUCCUGCUGUCCGGCCUGCAGGGCCUGGGCGCCGAGGUGGCCAAGAACCUGGUCCUGAUGGGCGUGGGCAGCCUCACUCUGCACGACCCGCAGCCCACCUGCUGGGCGGACCUGGCUGCCCAGUUCUUCCUCUCGGAGCGGGACUUGGCAAGGGGCAGGGCUGAGGCAUCUCAAGAGCGAGUGGCCAAGCUCAACGGAGCCGUGCAGGUCUGCGUCCACACAGGCGACAUCACCGAGGACCUGCUGCGGGACUUCCAGGUGGUGGUGCUGACGGCCUCUGACCUAGAGGAGCAGCUGGCGGUGGGCCGCUGGUGCCGCAAGCACGGAGUCUGCUUUCUGGUGGCCGACACCCGGGGCCUGGUGGGGCAGUUGUUCUGUGACUUUGGGGAGGACUUCACGGUUCAGGACCAAACAGAGGAGGAGCCCCUGACAGCUGCCAUCCAGCACAUCUCCCAGGGCUCCCCGGGCGUUCUCACUCUGAGAAACGCGGCCCAGGCCCACUACUUCCGCCAGGUGGGCUCGGUGACUUUCUCGGGGAUUGAGGGCAUGAGCGAGCUCAACGGCUGUGCGCCCCGGCCCAUCCGCGUGCAGGAGGACGGGACCUUGGAGAUUGGGGACACAGCGACUUUCUCCUGUUAUGUCCGUGGCGGAGCUGUCACUGAGGUCAAGAGACCCACGGCUGUGAGCCACGCGCCCCUGGACGCAGCCCUGCUGCAGCCCCGCGUGGUGGCCCAGAGUCCCCAGGAAGCUCGCCGCGCCCGCUGCCUGCACCAGGCCUUCCGUGCGCUGCACAGGUUCCGGCAGCUCAGAGCCCACCCGCCCCGGCCCUGGGAUCUGGCCGAUGCAGAGGAGGUGGUACGCCUGGCCCAGGCCCUGGAACCCCUGAGGGGGGCAGAGGGAGAGCGAGAGGGAGAGCCGUGGGAGGAGCCGCUGGAUGAAGCGCUGGUGCGGACCGUCGCCCUGAGCAGUGCCGGUGUCUUGAGCCCCAUGGCAGCCAUGCUGGGCGCAGUGGCCGCCCAGGAGGUGCUGAAGGCUCUCUCCAGGAAGUUCCUGCCCCUGGACCAGUGGCUGUAUUUUGAUGCCCUUGACUGCCUCCCGGAAAAUGGGGAGCUCCUUCCCAGCCCUGAGGCCUGCGCACCGAGAGGCUGCCGCUACGACGGGCAGAUCGCGGUGUUUGGGGCUGGUUUUCAGGAGCAGCUGAGCCACCAGCACUACCUCCUGGUGGGUGCUGGUGCUAUUGGCUGUGAGCUGCUCAAAGGCUUCGCCCUCGUGGGCCUGGGGGCUGGGGCCGGCGGGGGCGUGACCGUGGCCGACAUGGACCACGUGGAGCGCUCCAACCUCAGCCGGCAAUUCCUCUUCAGGGCCCAGGACGUUGGGCGUCCUCUGCUUUCUUCUCAGAGGCCCAAGGCAGAGGCGGCUGCGGAGGCCGCUCGCCACCUGAACCCAGACCUGCAGGUGACCCCGCUCACCCACGCUCUGGAUCCCAUGACAGAGCACUGCUACGGGGACAGCUUCUUCUCCCGCGUGGACGGUGUGGCGGCCGCCCUGGACAGUUUCCAGGCCCGGCGCUAUGUGGCUGCUCGCUGCGCCCACUACCUGAAGCCGCUGCUGGAGGCGGGCACGCAGGGCACCUGGGGCAGCGCCUCCGUGUUUGUGCCCCACGUGACUGAGGGCUACAGGGCUCCGGCCUCCGCUGCUGCCCCCGGGGACGCCCCCUACCCUGUCUGCACCGUGAGGCACUUCCCCAGCACUGCGGAGCACACCUUGCAGUGGGCCCGGGAGGAGUUCGAGUGGCUCUUCUGCUUGUCUGCCGAGACCAUCAACUGCCACCAGCGGGCCCCGCUGCAGACGGUGGGUGUCCUGAGACACCGUCCACGGAGCUGGCAGGACUGCGUGGUGUGGGCCCUCGGCCACUGGCAGCUGUGCUUCGGCUACGGCAUCGCGCAGCUGCUCAGGCGCCACCCCCCUGACAAAGUGCUUAAGGAUGGAACGCGUUUCUGGUCGGGUCCCAGGCAGUGUCCUCAGCCCUUGGAGUUUGAUGCCAGUCAAGACACGCACCUCCUCUACGUGCUGGCGGCGGCCAAUCUGUACGCUCAGAUGCACGGGCUGCCGGGCUCACGGGACCCGUCUGCGCUCAGGGAAAUGCUGGAGCUGCUGCCGCGGCCUGACCCCCAGCACCUGGACCCCAUCCUUUCCGGUGACCUGGCUUCCCCUGAGCUGGACCCCCAGCAGGAGGCGCAGCUGCACGAAGCCCUGCCAGACUGGAGCGAGGGCUCCCCCCUGGAGCCGCUGAGGUUUGAGAAGGACGAUGACAGCAACUUCCACAUGGACUUUGUGACGGCGGCAGCAAGCCUGCGGGCUCAGAACUAUGGGAUCCCGGCGGCCACCCGAGCCCAGAGCAAGCGGAUCGUGGGCCAGAUCAUCCCAGCCAUCGCCACCACCACAGCGGCUGUGGCGGGCCUGCUGGGCCUGGAGCUCUUUAAGGUGGUGGGCGGCCCCCGGCCCCGCAGUGCCUUCCGCCACAGCUACCUGCGCCUGGCCGAGAACUACUACAGCCGCUAUGUGCCCUGCGCCCCCGCCCUCCAGAGGUUCCACCACCUGACCUGGACCUGCUGGGACCGCCUGAAGGUGCCCGCUGGGCAGCCCGAGAGGACCCUCCAGUCACUCCUGGCCCAUCUCCAGGAGCAACAUGGGCUGCGGGUGAACAUGCUGCUGCUGGGCAAGGCCCUGCUCUACUCGGCGGGAUGGUCGCCUGAAAAGCAGGCCCAGCGCCUGGGCCUCAGGGUGACAGAGCUGGCACAGCAGGUGACAGGCCGGCGGGUGCCCGAGCCUGGGCAGUGGGUGCUGGCCCUGGAGCUCGGCUGUGAGGGCGAGGAGGACGGCACCGCUUUCCCGCCCCUACACUACGAGCUGGGACCUGGCAGCGGCUGCUCUACCCCAUCGGGCCCUGUGCGGGGCCCACAGUAGGUGCUCAAUAAACGCUGCUGCCCUAGCUGGUUUGGCUCAGUGGAUAGAGCGUCGGCCUGCGGACUGAAGGGUCCCAGGUUUGAUUCCAGUCAAGGGCAUGUACCUUGGUUGCGGGCACAUCCCCAGUUGGGGGUGUGCAGGAGGCAGCUGAUGGAUGUUUCUCUUUCAUCAAUGUUUCUAACUCUCUAUCCCUCUCCCUUCCUCUCUA